GGCUAAGUCACGUCGGGUUGAUCGACGGUAAAAUACACAUCCCGGUUCGAUGAAAUGAACACGAGUUCCAGCAAGGCUGGUGGAUUUUACCUGGCCAACCACGUGACAGAUCGACGCUGACCCACGUUGUGUCAGUGCUGAAUAGAAGUAAUUUCACGCUCGUUCGUGUGUUCGUGUUUACCGGUAAAUAUGGAGAAAUCGGAGGACAUCGAGAAAACCAUGUCGAGUUCCAGCAGCGAUUCUGAUUCCGACGACGACAGCGGAAGUAGCGGCAGCAGUGACAGCAGUAGCGAGGAAGCGGGGAGUGAACAAAUCGUCGAGAAAACGACCGCGCGACCACAAUCAUCGAAUCAACAACCAGCAACAAAUGAUACACCGAUGACACAACAACACGAAGCAGGCGAAGACAAAAUUCUUAACUAUACAAAAAGUUUGUCAGACCUAUCCGAGAAUCUACGUCAACAAAACACCAGUUUGCGGGAACUGGACGAUAUCACCAAUUACAAUGGAGAAGGGUUGCGGCAAACAUUGGAAGACACUAUGUACGUUUUACAGAGAAGUCGCUCACAGGUCUCGAUAUUGACUCAGAAUAUUACGGACAUAAGACAGGUCAUGCUCGACUUGAAAAACUCAAUGCAGGACAAACUCAAAGAACACGACCUAAAACUGAGUGCCAGCCAGACAAAUCUGAAAGCCGAACCUUCAGUGGAGCAAAGAAACGCCGAGGCAUUGGCAGCUGCUGCCGCCGCCGGUCUUGCUAAGGCCACCAUCGAUGUCGCGGAAGCUAUUAAGUCCGCCGCUGAGGUGGAAAAUAAGGCAGCCGAGGCCGCUGUGAUUGCACAGAAAACAUCCGAGGAAUCAUUGAAACAUAAAAAUGAAACUGAAGAAGCUGCCGAGAAGAUUGCAAAAAAAGAACAAGUUGUAACUAAAGAUGAAACUUUAGAAAAAGAAGAGGAGAAAAAGAAGGCGGAUGGGAAUGAAAGUGACAGUAGUAGUAGUAGCGGUAGUAGUGGUAGUAGUAGCAGUGGGAGUGAUAGCGACAGUGACAGCAGCGGAAGUGGUUCAAGUGACAGCGAUUCAUCAAGCGAUGAAGAGAAGGAAGGGGAAGAGAAAAACCAGAAGAUGGAGAAAAAAGAACAAGACGAAAAUAAGAUUGUAAAUGGAGAAAUAAAGACAGAAAAUACAGAAUGGAAAGAUAUUGUGGAAAAUAACAACCAAAACGGCGAUUCUAGAAAUUCCAGUCCAGAUAUUGAAGAUGAAAUAAUUCACGAUAUUCUGUAUAAGUAUUAUAUACAGCCAAAGGACAGUGAUGAAACGGAGCUGGGGUGCAUCCUUCGAGCCAAACAAUUGAACUUUGCCGAGAAUGAAAUAACGUGUGAUUUGGCCAAUCAUCUGAGUGGCAACGUUGUUGAUGAGAAUGAGCAACUAGUUAGUCACGUGAUCGACUUGCAUCUUCCUGGCGACAAUAUGAAAUUGACAUCACCCGUGAGCAUUGCCAUCCCAUAUAUGACCCAUUCGAGGGCAUCGUACGCCAGAGAGUCUAUCGUUAAAACGUCCCUGGAUGGCAUCGAAUGGAAGACAAUGCCAACGACCACCUCAGAGGGUACUCUCUCUGACGGAAAGAAACUAUUUGCCGAAAUUAAAGUCAACCAGCUGAGUAAAGUUGCCGUGGUGGUACGAUGGACCAGGGAUCGUGUAACGAUUACAAAGAAAGGCGGUACCAUAAAAUCAUCCGUGGAUUCUAGAAUAUCAGUAACGUAUCCUCCUGGAGCAUGUGGUCUUACAAGUGUUGUAUUACAGGUACACCCAGUAGAGUUGACCGCAGUUAGCGAUAUCAAAUCGCGAUUACGUCAUUGUCGUGAUCUGAUUACUUCAAGCCCGAUUUUACGUAUCUCACACUCAAGCAAAAAAGAAUUCAACAAACCAGUCACCGUAGUACUGUACAUCCCACCUAACCCAGCCAAGGAUAAACCAGCUAGUCGUCCAUCCACAGCUAAGGAUCCCUUUUCUCGGCCAACUAGCGGUUUCCUGGUUCGUCCCAGAAGCGCUAUAUUUGGCAGCGACCACACCAAUGACGUUGUUCGUAUACUCUCAAGAAUGGAUUCCGGUAAAGGAGCUCCAUGGACGCCGAUGGAAGUUGAAGUGAAAGUGUUAAAGAAAGACGUGGUUGCGUUCAAUCUAGAUAAACCAGUUGACAGAAUAAUCGGCGUGCGUUAUGCGGCACAGUCUACGUUACCAUUGGAGCAGGCUGUUCAGUCAUUGGAGGAUUCCUUACAAAUCAAGUACGCAUGCGUAAUACUGCACCCAAAAGUUGAUGAUGCCGAGCAGGUCAUAGUUCAAGUUGUACAGAGCAGGUCAUUGGACAGUACGGAACGGAGGUUGGUGGAUAUGGGAUACGAGGGACCACCUGAUCCAAGUACAGAGUUGCCAAUGACGGAAGGACAAUUGCUGAGAAUAAGAUUUACCGGAAAUAUAGAAGUUGUUGACGAAACAGAACUGACUUUAAACUGGCAUGUGCAGCGGCGAAAUGUGAUCGAGUUCAGGAUCCGAGAGGCUAAUAAAUACGGCAACCACAGCUCUCCUUACUAUAAAGGUGUGGCAGAAAUUUACGGGAUUCCAAGAGUAACUCUGGAAGAGAAAGAAGAAGACGAAUUCGAAGCUGAUAAAGAGACUAAAGAUGGAAAGAAAGAUGGCAAAGAUGCUAAGAAGGCAGCUAGAGAAGCCAGAGAAUUAAAAGAGACUAAAGGCAAGACGAAAAGUGAUUUAUUGUGUAAAUUGCCGGUGGUUCUGCCGAAGGCUGAGCCAGACCCUGUUCGUCCUCCUAGCAGAUUCCGUGCCACGGCCCUCGAAUCCAAAGAUCCUCACGUGAGUAAUUCCAUUCUACGAUGGCUGUCCGGUGAGCUUGGUCACGAGUGGGAGGCGUUGGCGGCGUACCUGGGACUCAAGCGCAGUCGAAUGCAAAGCAUUGUGCGGAACAAUCCCAAUGAUCUUCAACAACAAAUAUUUGAUAUGCUAAUUACAUGGCGAAGCUCGCUCCCAAGAUCCUGUAACAAAGUCCCGAAGUUGGCGCGUGCAUUGUCGAGAUGUGGCCGCUCCGAUCUCACGGAAGACUUUCUGUCACGUGACUGAUAAAAAAACAAUCUGAUUCGAUAGCUUAUAAUAACUGUUCACAGGUUCUACCAAAUCACAAAAAUGGGUAUUUAUAUUGCGCUAUAAUCAUUAGUUAUAGAAAGAAAAAUGAUUUUCAAAUAAAAAC